AUGGCUAGAGGACUUCGACAGCAGCAACACGCAUCUUCUUCCAAUCAGGGUACAAGGAAUGUUCAGGGUACAAGGAAGCGAGCUUCCCCUUCUCGGCUUGUUAAGCUGUACAAGAAAAUGAUUGAAUCUCAACGCAAUAGGAUAAAGGCAAUCGGGUUUGGAGGCCUACUGAAUAUAAAAUGUGAUACACUACUAGCAUGGUUGGCAAAUUGGCUAAUGGUGGAUUGUUUCGAUGCCGAGUCUUUGCAGCUGGUGCUUCCUGGAAGAGGUGUAAUUAAAGUCAUAGAUGAAGCUAUGCAGUCUAUCAUGGACUUACCAAACAAUGGUGAUGAAGUAAAAUGUGAGCUUGAUGUCAAUGCAAUAGACUUCAUUCAGGCCAAGUAUAAAAUUGCUCGAGGAAAAGCACCUAGGAUUGGGGCAAUACUUAAAAGUUCUGCCCAUACAGUUGUACAAUCUUCAUUGUUCCAGUUAGAUGAUGUGCACAUAUUCGUGUCUUCAAAGGUGUCAUCGAACAUGUCCGAUGAGAAAAGGAGGAAACUAACUACUGCUAAAAAAGUAUCCAAAAUCAAAGAACCAUCUUCCACAACCAGUUCUCAUGGAGAUGGUGCUGCAUCUGAAUGCCAACCACCACGUGUAGAACAAAGGCAUACCAGGUCUAUGCAAAUAAGACAAGCACCUAAGGAUGAUCAGUUGCCUGAUGAAGAAGAUGAAGAUGAUGGCACUAAUGAUGAUAAAGAUGAAAGUGAUGAUGAUGAAGAAGAUGAUGAAGAAGAUGAUGGCACUGAUGAUGAAGAAGAUGACGGUGGUGAUGAUGAAGAAGAAACUGUAGGAGAGUAUUCUUCUUCAGAGGAUACAAAAGAAGAAUCAGAUCCACUUGAAGAUGGGGGAACUCCACCCCCUGAUUUUGAUGAUCUAGUUGAUGGCAUGUUUACUGACAACAUCAGUGAAGAUGAGCACAGUAGUCAAGAUCAUGUGCCUUUGAUUGCGUGGUUAAGGAGGAUGCGUAAAGGUACUGAAGCUAAAAAUCAAGAUAAAGGCUCUGACAAGCAUUCAAGUCUACCUAUGUCUGCAGAUGGCAAAUCUACAAUACACUCUAGCCCUGAGAGAGCAAAAGAUGAUGAAAGGCCAGCUGAACCUCAACCUCUUGCAUAUAUCCUACCUGAAAAUCUUAAGAAAGUAGGAAUUACACACAACAAGAAGUCGAAGCUACGGCUGCCAAGUAAUCCAGUUGAACAAAAAGAUGCAGGUGAUGGUGCUGCCACAGCCACUUCGGUGCACAAUGUUGGAGAAGGCUGCAGUUUCAAGGUUCUUGGUUCAGAAAAUAUUGUCUAA